AUGGAAUGGGGUAUUAAAGAAAAUCGUGUUGCUGUUAUUGCGUUAUUUAAGUGUAAUAAAACACCAUUAGAGAUUUUCAACUUAUUGAAACUGUUGAAAAUAACGAAAAAUUUUGUUUAUCGGACCAUAAAACGGUUCAACGAGUUCAACACUAUAGAUGACAAGCCAAGAAGUGGACGUCCACGUGAAAUAAGAACAAAUGCAGCAGUCAAAGCUGUCACACAGAGAAUUCGCAGAAAUCCACUUCGCAAGCAAAAAAUCAUGGCUAGAGAAAUGAAAAUUCCACCAAGAACCAUGUCACGAAUAAUUAAAGAAGACCUUGGUCUUGGUGCUUAUCGAAGAAGCACCGGUCAGCGGUUGACAGACGCUUUACGUCAAAUUAGAACGACAAGAGCGAAGAAGUUACUUAAGCGGUACGCAAAAAAUGGCCACAGACAGAUACUGUUUACAGAAGAAAAAAUUUUUACUGUAGAAGAAAAAUUUAACCGUCAAAAUGAUAGAGUUUAUGCUCACAACUCUCGGGAAGCUGCUGAAAAAAUUCAAAGAGUAAAAAGAGGACAUCAUCCAGCCUCAGUGAUGGUUUGGUGGGGAGUGUCAUAUGAGGGAAAGAACUGGAUCUUUCAGCAGGAUUCAGCGCCUGCACAUAAAGCAAAAACCACACAACGCUGGUUAGAGGUCAAUUUACCUGAAUUUAUCGCCGCUCAAGAUUGGCCCUCGGCAAGUCCAGACCUCAAUCCUUUGGACUACAGACUGUGGAAUAUUUUAGAGGAGAAGGCCUGCUCUAAGCCCCAUCGAAAUAUCGAAUCAUUAAAAGCCGAUUUGGUAAAAUCAGCUGCCUCAAUACCGUUAGAAGUGGUGCGUGCUGUCAUAGACGAGUGGCCAGAUCGUUUGAAGAAAUGUAUAAAUGCAAAUGGUGGACAUUUUGAAUAG